AUGUAAAUCACCAUUUGGUUGUUCCGCUAAUUCCAGAAAUGGCGGUAUCUUCUCUUCCAAUUUUUCCUUCUACAAGCUUCCUUCCUCCUAUGCCCAUUCGCUGCGGUUCCUUUAAAUGUCCUGCAAUUUCAUCUAUCAAGAAAGCUUCUUUUAGGAGAUUGGUCUCCAUUGUUCUCGCGAAAGCCAUUUUACUCGAUAGCAGGGAAGAGCUCGACACCGUCAACAUCGCAGAAGAUGUAACGCAGUUGAUUGGGAGGACACCAAUGAUAUAUCUGAAUAAAGUUGUGGAUGGUUGUGUGGCGAAUAUUGCUGCAAAGCUUGAGUCCAUGGAACCUUGCCGAAGCGUCAAGGACAGAAUUGGAUAUAGUAUGAUAUCAUAUGCAGAAGAAAGUGGAGCUAUUUCUCCUGGAAAGAGUAUUUUAGUAGAGCCCACCACAGGAAAUACAGGAGUUGGCAUUGCUUUUGUUGCUGCAGCUAAGGGAUACAAACUUAUAGUAACAAUGCCCGCAUCCAUAAAUUUGGAGAGGCGAGUACUUCUUCGUGCAUUUGGAGCCGAGAUUAUAUUGACCGAUCCAACAAAAGGAUUAAAAGGGGCUGUUGAUAAAGCUGAAGAAAUUGCUCGGAGGACACCUAAUGCAUACAUGUUUCAACAGUUUGAUAAUCCGGCUAAUACAAAGAUCCACUUUGAAACUACAGGCCCAGAAAUAUGGGAGGACACCAUGGGUAAUGUUGACAUAUUUGUUGCGGGAAUUGGUACUGGUGGUACAGUCACGGGCACAGGACGUUAUUUGAAAAUGAUGAACAAGGACAUAAAGGUAAUUGGAGUAGAACCUGCGGAGAUUAGUAUAAUCUCUGGAGAAAAUUCAGGUUAUAUACCAAGCAUUUUGGAUGUUAAAUUACUUGACGAAGUUCUCAAGGUUACCAAUGAUGAAGCAGUUGAAAUGGCACGGAAAUUGGCGCUGGAGGAAGGUUUGCUGGUUGGUAUCUCUUCUGGAGCUGCUGCAGCUGCUGCCAUCAGUAUUGCAAGACGACCUGAGAAUGGUGGAAAACUUAUAGCUGUUGUAUUCCCAAGCUUUGGUGAGAGAUACAUUCCCACUGUUCUCUUCCGUUCAAUUCAUGAGGAAGUUCGAAAUAUGCCGCAACUAUGGUAAUAUUAAGCUUUCCUAUCACCAUGGUUCUUAUUUGGCCUGUCAUGCCCAAUGAUCAGGAGCGAAGGUUGAAGCGCUGAGCUGUCUGGAAAUGCUUGAAUUUAUUCUCUCCUAUGGUAAUCGGUUGUCACUGUUGAUAAAUCAGUUUUCCCCCUAUUUCAAGUGCAAUUUUCUUGUAGCACCGCAGAGGGGGUGGUGGUUUGGAAGAAAUGUAUGUUGAGCGUGGG